AUGUUCAAGCACUGGGCCCUUUCUGCGUUGCUGGGCAUCUUGCUUGGCCUCGGCGGUGUGCAUGCCAUCGGCCAGGCUACUUGCGUCUCAUUCACCUCAUCUCUUUCUUCCUUUCCCGUCGUCAGCAACAACAGAGCGACUCCUAUUCUCUUGUCCGAGGAUGAGUGGCCGGGCGUCCAGCGCGCUGCUUCUGAUUUCGCCUCGGAUAUCGAGAGGGUGACUGGCGUGAAGCCAAGUGCCUUGAAUUAUACUGCAGGUCAAACUCCGAAUAUUGGUACCACUGCGAUCAUUAUCGGCACCCUGGGACAGUCAUCACUCAUCGACGGGAUUGUGAACCGGACGAAUUUGGAUGUGUCGACCAUUGAAGGACAAUGGGAGGCAUUCCUUACGCGGGAAGUCACUGACCCUCUCCCCGGCGUGAGUAAUGCAUACAUUAUGAUUGGCGCGGACAAGAGAGGGACCAUCUACGCAUUGUACGACCAUUCUGAACAAUUUGGUGUUUCGCCGUGGUACUGGUGGGCAGACGUGCCGACAACCCACAAUGCUGAAAUUUACGUUGCCUCUUCUGGCUGCGCACAUGGCACACCGACGGUGCAAUACCGUGGUAUCUUCCUCAAUGAUGAACAACCGGCGCUGCAGAACUGGGCCAUGGUGAUGUAUACAAACGGUACUGGUGCGGCCUUGACAGGAUCGCCGUUCAACCAUUACUUCUACACCGCUCUAUUCGAGUUGAUUCUUCGCAUGAAAGGGAACUAUUUGUGGCCUGCGAUGUGGGCGAGUGCGUUCGGUGUCGACGACACGCAAAAUCAGCCUCUGGCUGACUACUACGGAAUCGUGAUGGGAACGAGUCACGAGGAACCUAUGAUGCGCUCCAUUCCAGUCGAAUGGGAUCUGUUCGGCGUUGGUCCUUGGGAUUACAGUGUCAAUGCACAGAACAUCUAUGACUUCUGGGUUGUCGGUGCCGAACGUGCAAAGCCGUACGAGAACAUGUUCACUGUUGGGAUGCGAGGCGACGGUGACGAGCCGCUCGCCGGAGGAACAAACAUCGCCCUUCUGGAGGAGAUCGUUGCAGACCAACGGCAAAUUCUCACCAACACAUAUCCUACCGUCAACGUGUCCACAAUCCCACAGAUGUGGUGCCUGUACAAGGAGGUUUUGGGAUAUUACGAGGACGGCAUGACGGUGCCGGAAGAUGUGGCUUUGAUGUGGACCGACGACAACUACGGUAAUGUUGAGAGAUACCCUACAGUCGAGGAACGUAACAGGACUGGUGGUGCUGGUGUCUAUUACCAUUAUGACUACGUGGGAAGUCCCCGGAACUACAAGUGGAUCACAAGCAGUCAAGUUGCCAAGACAUACGAGCAGAUGUCUCUCGCAGUAGCUCGCAACGCUACCCGCAUCUGGAUCGUCAAUGUGGGGGAUCUCAAGCCGUAUGAGAUGCAGACAGAGUUUUUCCUCGCGUACGGCUGGGACUCGUCCAUCUGGAACAUGGAUAACCUGGACUCUUACAUCGUGAGCUGGGCAGUGCGCGAAUUUGACCUGCCUGCAUCCGAUGCGCAAGAAGUCGCCAACAUCAUUGCCUACGUAACGCGUUUCAAUGCGAGGUGCAAGCCAGAACUGCUGAACUCCACAACGUACAGCCUGUAUAACUACAGAGAGGCCGAAACCGUGCUUGCCCAGUGGGAAGCAGUGAACGCUUCCGCUACCCGUAUUCGGGAUCAACUGACUUCGGACAUGCAAGCUGCGUACUUCGAGCUCGUCUAUCACCCUGUUCAGGCUACCUACACCCUGGCGAAUAUGUGGAUCUCUGCUGGAUAUAACAAUUUGCGUGCCUCACAAGUAAUAGUCAGCGCGAACGACUACGGAGUGGAAGUCGAGAGCCUCUUCGAGCAAGAUUACGAGCUGGAGGUGGAGUACCAUACUAUAUUAGAUGGCAAAUGGGACCACAUGAUGGAUCAAACGCACGUCAUGUACUACUACUGGCAGCAACCUCAGGGAAAUACGAUGCCCUUCAUUUCAUGGAUACAAUCGCAGAAACUGGCAUUGACAGGUGCCAUGCGCAUUUUGUUGGAAAAUAGCCAAGGUGCAUGGCCGGGCGAUAAUCAAUACGACUGUGCGCAAGGAUACAGCUGUCCCAAUCCCACAGUCUACCUUGAUUCCUACGUCCCGGCUGGCAAUCGAUACUUCGUCGUUGGCGCUGGCGGUCCGAACACGUUCAGCUACACAGCGACGAGCAACGCCACAUGGCUGAACCUCAACAACACCGACAACUACGUCUCUUUGAGCGCUCCAGAGCAACGCGUCUAUGCCUCCGUGGAGUGGAGUCAAGUCUCUGACGUGCAGUAUGCUUUGAUCAGUUUCAAUGCGACUGUCGAAGAUCAGUCGGAAAUGUCGUUCACUGUGACGUUCAUUGCAACGAAUAACAUUGUACCAAGCGGUUAUGUCGGAUUCGUGGAAGGUGACGGUGUUGUCUCGAUUGAGGCUGCAAAAGCGGCACGCAAUACCUCAGUCGAUGGCGUCACGUGGACCAACAUUCCGAACUAUGGUCGCACAGUCUCCGGUGUGACACCCUGGCCUCGCGGAGGCGCUGAUCAAAAUUACAGUAUUGGGACCGGCCCCAGCAUCGAGUACGACUUCUAUACGUUUGACGCUUAUAAUGACACCAAUGUUACGGUAACCGCAUAUCUGUCUCCUUCGUUAAAUGCUCUGGGGCCGGACCGGCCCCUGGCGAUUGCGCUUCAGAUGGAUUCGGACGACCCACAAGUCAGCUACUUCAUCCCGAACGCGGCGCCUGGUUCGCUCCCAGAUGCAUGGAACCAGUGGGUCUCAGAAAGUAUCGUCACCGUCCCAAUGACUUUCUAUGCUCCCCCGGGUGCCCACACAUUGACAGUUUACAUGAUUGAGCCCGCUGUUGUUGUGCAAAAGUUGGUCGUCGACUGCGGGGGGCUACUGCCCAGCUAUCUCGGUCCGCCGGAGAGUAUCUUCAUGAAUGGAACAGCUUGA